AUGUCCAAGAGCCUGAAGAAGAGGAAGAACCACUGGACUAACAAAGUCCAUGAGAGUGUCCUUUGCAGGAAUGAGGAGGGGGAGCUGGGGCUGGAGUUGAAGGGCGGCGCGGAGAAUGGACAGUUCCCGGUUAUCGGCGAGCUUCUCCCGGGUAGAGCAGUCUGCCACAGCGGCAAACUCUUCCAGGAUGAACUCCUGCUGGAAGUCAAUGAUACCCCGGUGGCUGGACUCACCACCAGGGACGUCCAUGCUGUGGUCAAACACAGCAAAGACCCCGUCCGACUGAAGUGUGUCAAACAAGGGGGCGUGAUAGACAAGGACCUGCGCCACUACCUCAACCUGCGCUUCCAGAAAGGCUCUGUGGACCACGAGCUGCAGCAGAUCAUCCGGGAUAACCUCUACCUCCGCACCGUCCCCUGCACAACCAGGCAGCCCAAGGAAGGAGAGGUCCCGGGGGUGGAUUAUAAUUUUGUGACCGUUGACCGGUUCAUGGAAUUGGAGAAAAGUGGAGCCUUGCUAGAGAGCGGAACAUAUGAAGAUAACUUCUACGGCACUCCCAAGCCUCCGGCAGAGCCUAGCACUCUUCUGCUAAAUGUAACUGACCAGCUGCUGCCGGGCGCCAGACCCAGCUCCGAGGGCAAGAGGAAGCGAAACAAGUCGGUCAGCAACAUGGAGAAAGCCAGCAUCGAUCCCCCCGAGGAGGAGGAGGAGGAGAGACCCAUCGUCAACGGCAACGGUGUUGCUGUCACCCCAGAGUCAAGUGAACAUGAGGACAAGAGUACAGAUGCGUCGGGGGACAUCGCCCCACAGAGCAACCCAGCGGAGGCCCCAACCGAGGUGCUCCAAGAUGAGGUACAGUCCCUGAAGAUGACCAUACCCAAACCAGAGGAGAACGACGAGCUAGGUCCACUGCCAGACAACUGGGAAAUGGCGUACACUGAGAAAGGAGAGGUCUACUUCAUAGACCACAACACCAAGACAACAUCGUGGCUGGACCCGAGGCUCGCCAAGAAGGCAAAGCCGCCCGAGGAAUGCAAAGAGGAUGAGCUUCCAUACGGCUGGGAGAAAAUAGAUGACCCCAUUUACGGCAGCUACUAUGUCGACCAUAUAAAUAGAAGGACCCAGUUUGAGAAUCCAGUCCUGGAGGCUAAGAGGAGACUCCAGCAGCAGCAGCAGAUGCAAAGCCAGGGUCUGUCCUCACUGCCCCUUCCCACCAUCUACAGAGAGAAGCCGCUGUUCACGCGGGACCCCACUCAGCUUAAAGGCAGUUUCUUGUCUACAUCACUCCAAAAGAGCAACAUGGGCUUUGGCUUCACUAUAAUUGGGGGCGACGAGCCUGACGAAUUCCUCCAGGUCAAGAGCGUUAUCCCUGAUGGGCCUGCCGCAGCUGAUGGAAAGAUGGCCACAGGUGAUGUCAUUGUCUACAUCAAUGAUGUGUGUGUCCUGGGUACCACCCACGCCGAUGUGGUCAAACUCUUCCAGUCGGUGCCGAUCGGCCAAAGUGUGACACUCGUCUUGUGCCGCGGCUACCCGUUGCCCUACGACCCAGAGGAAGCUGCCAAUGCCAACAACACCACCACUACCACCAUCAUUUCCCCACUGGGCAUUAUGGAGCAGCGGCCCAUCAUGGUGAAUGGCAGGACGGGCUAUGACAAUUAUCUGGACUACAUUUCCCGCACGGCACGCUUUGUGACGGACCCCAGUCAGGACCAGGUUAACGCCCAGCAGCAGCUGCUCCCCCCUCACCCCGGUGACACCCACUUAGACGGCUCGCUUCCUCCCACCACCGGCACAACGCCCCCUGACAGCAUCUCUAUGGCGUCAUCAGGGGCAACACAGGGGGAGCUGCUGACCCUGACCAUGGUGAAGGGUAUGGAUGGUUUCGGCUUCACGAUCGCGGACAGUGCCACGGGCCAGCGAGUCAAGCAAGUCUUGGAACCUCAAGGCUGUCCAGGCCUGUGCGAGGGCGACCUGAUAGUGGAGAUUAACAAGCAGCCUGUGCAGGGAUUCACACAUAGCCAGGUGGUGGAGCUCCUCAAGGAGUGUGCCGUGGGAGCUGAGACCUGCUUGGUGGUUCAGAGAAGCGGAACAGGUCACUAUUCACCCUGGAAGACCCCUAAGCAGGUGCUGGAGCAGUGGGAGUCCCAGCAGGGCCAGAGCAGCCCCGCUCAGACCAGCCUGUCGGCCCCCAUUAUCCCCCACAGCGCCCCCUUCCCAACCCAUCAUCUUCACAGGGCCUCAGUCCCAGACUCAGCUUCCGAGGCCUUGGCCCUGGCUAAACCAGACCCCUAUGACCUUUAUGAGAAGUCCAGAGCUAUCUAUGAGAGUAGGCAAUCCGGCCAGCCGAGGACUAUUUUUCCUGUGGACUCCUCAGGAGCCGACUACCAGGACAUCGAAGUUCACCUGCGCAGACAGAAGUCCGGGUUCGGUUUUAGAGUCCUGGGCGGGGACGAGGCCGGGCAGCCUGUGAGUCCGGAGACGCGUGAGAAGAUUUUGAUUGGAGCGAUCAUCGAGAAGAGCCCGGCGGACUUAGAUGGGCGUUUGCGGCCUGGCGAUGAGCUGUUGUUUGUGGACGGGAUCCCAGUGGUGGGGAAGCCACACAGAUACGUCAUCGACUUGAUGCAUGGGGCGGCGCGAAAUGGCCAAGUGAAUCUGGUCAUCAGGAGAAGACUACAAGCAACAGGUGAGUCCUGUCCGGAGAACGGCCGCAGCCCCGGCUCUGUCUCAACGCAACACAGCUCCCCACGCAGUGACUUCACAUAUGGCAACAGCACCAGCACUACCCAGGCACCCAUGGGCAACACCGCCACUUCAGACGGCACCUCGACCCCCAACACACAGCCCAGUGAUGUCAUCAUUAAUCGAAAGGAGAGCGAAGGCUUCGGGUUCGUCAUCAUCAGCUCGCUCAACCGGCCCGAAGCGACCACCACCAACACUGUGCCCCAUAAAAUCGGCCGCAUCAUCGAGAGCAGCCCGGCCGACCGCUGCGGGAAGCUGAAGGUGGGAGACAGGAUACUGGCCGUGAACAGUCAGUCCAUCGUCAACAUGCCCCACGCCGAUAUCGUUAAGCUGAUAAAGGAUGCGGGCCUCAGCGUCACCCUGAGGAUCAUAGCGCAGGACGAGGUCAGCAAUCCCCCUUCAGCCCCCAGCUCUGAGAAGCAGAGCCCAAUGGCCCAGCAGCACAGUCCCAAGACCCAGCCCAGCGUCGCUGCCUCCCUGCCCACCUCAACGGUCACAGAGCCCAGCCUACCCGUCUCCCAACCCAACCCCAUCCCCCACCAGAGCCCUGUGACCCAGCUGCCGGCCCCUCCACCUCAGACCUACACCCAUGAGAGCAGUUACAGGUCAGAGGUGAAGGCGAGACAAGAUGUUAAACCAGACAUCCGACAGCCGCCGUUCACAGACUACCGUCAGCCACCGGUGGACUACAGGCACCCUCCUGUGGCAGACUACCGGCAGCCACCCACGCUUGACUACAGACACCCGCCGCUGCUGGACUACAGACCACUAGCCCCUGAUGCCAGACAGUUUGCAAUCCCAGACUACAGAAUGCCCCCAGUCCAACUUUCACAGGACUUUGACUUCUUCACAGUGGAGCUGGACAAGAGUGUAAAAGGCUUUGGUUUUAGCAUCCGCGGAGGACGGGAGUACAAGAUGGAUCUGUUUGUCCUACGGCUGGCAGAGGACGGACCAGCCAUCCGCAACGGGAGGAUGAGGGUAGGGGACCAGAUCAUUGAGAUCAAUGGAGAAACAACACGAGACAUGACCCACGCCAGGGCCAUUGAGUUGAUCAAGUCUGGAGGCAGGCGUGUUCGUCUGCUUCUAAAGAGGGGCACAGGGCAGGUCCCAGAGUACGACAAUGCCGCCUCAUGGGAUGCUUGCCCUUCAGCCUCCCCAAGCCUGUCGGAAGUAGCCCCUCCCAUCGACAGCCUUUCCAUGUCAUCGCCUUCAUCUCAUCUGGCCCCGGCCCCCGACCCACCUCACCUGCUGCCUCUGGACGUCCCUCGAGACCCGGUGAUACGAGACAGCAGGACAGAGCGUUCGAAGAGCCCCCAGAAGGCCGAGCUGUUAAAUCCAGAUCCGAUAAGCCAGGGGAGGAGAGCGGCUACAACCGGUGGGAGCGGCAGAGCUAAGAAAGAGGGUGGCAGGUCCACCCACAAGGGGCACAGGGUGCAGCCCACUACUGAGGGGGAAGGGGGCAAGGAGGGGCAGAGCGGAGAGCCUAAACCUUCCAGAAGCACCAGAGGGAGGUCCAAGGAGAGAAAUACUGGGGACAGCAGCUUUCCCAGUGGGAAAAGAGAAACCACCCAGUCUCCCAGCAGCUCCAUGCUUCCGCAUACUAAUGGGAACAGCAGGGAAGAUGUGGAGCGUUACAGCAGCGGGCAGCUGGAGCUGGAGCAGAGCAAGCCCAGGCCCAGGGAACUGGACAGGGACCUGGGAGAGAGCCGGCCCAGCCUGCCCAACAAGAGCACCAGCAGCGGCAGCGCAGCAGGGAGGAAGGCCACGGUCUCUCCCGGUCCUUGGAAGAUCCCUGGAUCAGACAAGCUGCCCAGCACGCUGCGCACAGGCACGUCCACGCUGAGCAGAUAACACCGCAGCUCCAGCACGAUGAUCCAGAAUGCAGUGGCAGCACUCAUCUGAACUAAAUCGCCCCAUCUGGAUGAAAAUACCAUCCUCACGCCUUCCU